AUGGAAGAGCUCGAACCAAGAUGCAGGAAUCUCUCUUUUUUUUGUGGUGAUAAGAAGGCCGAUUCUUUCCCUGUGUGCCAGAAGUGUGAAGCAUGUAUCUUGGCUUGGCAGGUCUUCUCUACCAAGGAGUGGUUCCAACGAAUCAGUGAGAUAUCACAGAGGAGGUUUCUAGUUAACAUCCUGGUGCAGUUAGAUAGCAUGUAUUUGUUAAACUACUUUCAAAGUAUCCUUCAGACCACGCAGGGGAAGGAUGCCAUCUAUAACAGGACCCGGAUCAGCAUCAGAAAGGAGGGGAAAAUUGUGACAUCCUCCUUGAGCCAAGUGUUGGAUAAAGCAAUAGAAGAGAAGAUGAAGGAGAUUUUAUACUGGUUUAGGAAAAGCACCCACCAGACUAAAGCAAAUUAUACCCUCUUGCUGCUGCAGAUGUGUGAGCCCAAGUUACUACUAACUGCUGCCAAUGUCAUCAGAAACCUGUUUAUGAAAGACCAGAACUCAGAGAUCAAGGAAGAUUCCAACAAUCUAUUUUUCUUUUCUGAGAAAAACUCCCAGUCAGAUAUUGCAUUUGGGAUUGAUGAAACCAACUAUACAUCCGUCACCGUGUCUAAAACUUCAGAAAUAGAAAAAUUGUUUGAAAAUGUUGGGGGAGAGUCAUUUAAAACUGGUCUACCAAAGGAUUUACUUCAGUGUAUUUCCAAGAUGGAUAGACUGUUUUCUGAAAAAGCAAACAAGUCAUUUUAUGCUCACUCAGACCUUCUGAUUACCUUAGAGGCUAUUGGUGACUUAACCUCUGGGAGCAGGAAAUACUGUGACUUCAUCCAUUACCUGCCUGUCCACCUCUCCAAGUAUAUUCUAGGCAUGCUAAGUAAAAGCACCCUGAACAGAUGUGCCUGUGUGAGCAAGCACUGGGCUAUACUGACACAGCAGGUCAAGAUGGAGCUGUCAAUGCAUACGUUCCUUCAGAAUAAGAUUUCAUACUUGCAGGGUUCCUACACGAAGGGAGUAGAUCCAACCUAUGCCAACAAGCUUUUUAUCCCAGUUCCUAAAAUGGUAGAUGAUGCUAAAUACACACGUGUGAAAAAUCAAAAAUGGAAACUGAGGACAAAGAGUGACUACAACUUGUGGACUGCAUACCAGAACCAGGAAACUGAGCUAAUCCAGAUGGAGGAGAGAAAUGUCUUCUGUGGUACUUACAAUGUCCGCAUUUUAUGUGAUAUGUGGAACCCAAACAGAGUCAUUCACUAUUCUGGGGGAGAUUUUCUAGCUUUCACAUCCAAUCGGAAGAUCUACCUUUUGAAUAUCAUAAAAGUAAAGAAAAUACACACUGAGUUCAGAGGCCACGCAGGGAGUAUCCGCACUAUCAUCUUGUGUGAGAAGGAACACUUUCUCCUGAGCGGGAGUUAUGACCUGAGUAUCAGAUAUUGGGAUCUGAAAAAUGGGGCUUGCAUACGAGUCUUCAGUGGUCACCAUGGCACAAUCACUUGCAUGGAUAUAUGUAAAAACAUGUUGGUAUCUGGAGCAAGAGAUUGUCAGAUAAAAGAAUGGGACCUAGAUACAGGGAAGUGCCUCAAGACCUUGAAACAAAAAGAUCCCAUUUUGGCCAUUAGGAUCAAUGACACCUACAUUGUGAGCGGCUGUGAGCGAGGAAUAGUCAAAGUGUGGAACAUUGUCACAGCCCAACUAAUAAAGUCUCUCUUUGGUCACGAAGGAGCUGUGAGAUGUCUGUACUUUGACCAGUGGCAUCUACUCUCAGGAAGUUCUGAUGGUCUGGUCAUGGCCUGGAGCAUGGUAGGAAAAUAUGAGCGAUGCCUCAUGGCCUUCAAGCAUCCAAAGGAAGUACUCCACGUGGUUCUUCUCUUUCUUCGAGUCAUCAGUGCCUGUGCAGAUGGCAAGAUUCGUAUUUACAAUUUCCUAAACGGGAACUGCCUAAAGGUGAUAAAGGUUAAUGGCAGAGGUGAUCCUGUGCUGUCCUUCUUUAUUCAGGGCAACAGGAUGGUGAUCAACACAGAGAGCAAUGUUCUCUUGUUCCAGUUCGAGAAUAUAAAGUGGCAGUACUCUGUAGACCGGGUCAAACAGAAGAAGGAUAGAGAAGAUGACAAGGAAGAAAAUGGCCUCUCAGAUAUUCCCUCCAAAUCCAGCACUCAGGGACACAGUGUGAAAGACUCCAGGUCUAGUAAAUAUAUUGUGGCGCCAGAGUUAUUCUCGAGUAAACCUCACAAGACCCGAACCAUCCAGAGGACUUCCAGGAUACAGGCAGGUAAAGGACUUGAAUCAGAUAUUCUUAAAAGUAGCAGUAGAGCAGGAAAGAAUGUGCCAGAUGAUGGGGAGAAAGUACAAAACCAAGAACAACUAGAAAUUCCAAUGAAAAAGUCCUGGAAAAUCCCUAUGAGUCCUGACCGCUUCCUCCUGACUGUUAAUGCCCUGCAGAAAGCCCAUCAUGCAGGGACAUCUGCCUAUCCCCAUCAGCCCCACAGCCAAACCACUGGUGCUUUGGGACCUUCAAUUUUAUACUCAAGAAAGGUUCUGAGCUUCAAAGGAAAAUCUGUACAACCUGAAGUUGAUCGAUUAAGAAGUAGUUACCUUCCCAUACAUGUGAAACAAACAAAUAUGCCUCUUGAAAUCCAGAAACUGAAGCCAAACUUGAAGAAAUCUUUACACAGUCCCCAAAUCCAGUCCAGCAUACCCCAGCCCAUGAUUAUUCACUCUACAUGCGCUGGUGACUCAAAGGGUAAAGAUCAGACAAUAAGCUCAACUGAUAGGACAGGAGGCAGCUAUAGCCCCUUAACUAGUAUGCAUGUCAUUAAGUCAAGUCGGAUGCUGGCUCCACCAGGUGGCACAGUGACCCAGUCUCUCAAGAAAGAAAAGCCUCACUUCUACCCGUCCCUCGAUCCAUUCAGAAUGAACACUGAGUUCAUGUUGCUGACUGUGAAGGAGGAGAAUGAGUACAGGGAAGCCAAAUUGAAGGAAUAUCAGGCAACAAAGACCACUGGAAAGAUCAGUCCAGAAAAAGCAAGCCGAAUAGCAUGGCUUAGGAAGAUCAAAGGUCUGCCAAUAGAUACUUUCAUGAAGCAAGGGAAAAUAGCAGCCCCUGAACUUGGACAAAACGUUUUUAUCUGA